AUGACAACAAUCAAGAAAGUACCUAUUUCAAACUUUGCUUCAAAUGAUCAAUUAGGUUUGAUUGCAUACUCUUUAAAUAAUAUAUUACGUGUUUUCAACACAAAGACAUCAACAUUUAUUAAUAUAGAUGCUACUAAACAACAUCAAGAAGCUAUUAAAUCGAUUGAAUUUAGCAAAGAUGGUACUCAUUUGAUUACAUCAUCAAACGAUAAGACUAUCAAAGUUUGGAAUACUACUGAUUUAUCAUGUAUCAAUUCAAUUGAUACACCAAAGAAAAUAUCAUCAGCACAAUUAACUCUUGAUAACAAGUCUGUUGUUAUUGCAGACAAGGCAGGUGAUGUUUAUAUCUACAAUCUUGACGAUACCAAGGAAAAGUUGGAAAAAGAUAAAAAGGAUGUUGAAGAUGGAGAGGAAAAGAAUCUUCUUCUUGGUCACUUUUCAUCCAUCACUGAUAUGAUCUUUUCAGAUUGCCACAAAUACAUUCUUACAGCUGAUCGUGAUGAAAAGGUUAGAGUAAGCAAAUAUCCCCAUGCUUUUGAUAUUGAAUCUUUUUGUUUAGGUCAUACUCAAUUUGUAUCUAAAUUAUUAAUUAAAAAUGAUAUAUUGUUGACUGGAUCUGGUGAUGGAACUAUUAAAGUUUGGAAAUGGAAGGAUGGACAAUUGUUACAAUCAAUUAACAUGUUUGACAAGAUAAAGAAUGAAGCACCAGAACCAGCUGCAGUAUUGACUACCAUCCCAUUGUAUAUCUCUAAUGAUCGUGUCUAUGUCUAUGUCGAAGAGCAUUCAACCCUUUUCACUUUCAAAUAUGCCAACAAUGUUAUUGACGAGUCGUCAUUCUCCUCGAUCCAACUCGAGUCCUCUCCACUUGCCGUCCAAGCUGUCGACUCUGGAAAUGUUCUCCUCGUAUCGUUAUGGGCUACCACCGACACCACUCCACUUGUCGUUGCCAUUGACACUGCCAAGAGUGUCGUCAUUCCAGACCACUCUCUUGCCAAGACUUUGAAUGAAAAGACAGAGGUUCCAGCCCUUGGCGACAAGGAGCUCAAGGAACUCUUUGACACCACCUUGCAAUCACAAUUCAAAAAGUACAGUGGUCUCAGCGAAAGAAAAAAAAUUCAUAUGGAAAACAAGAACAAAGAUGACCAACCAGAAGCACCCUUGAAAUUAAGAAAAAUGACUACCGAAGGAGCUGCUGAAGUUUCCAAAUAA